UAUCGUGUUUCGUAUUACAACAUCUUUCUUGAUGACUCCUCAGUGAAUGUGGUUUUGUAAUUAGACUUGAAUAAGUGAUUUGUUAAUUUUCGGACACAAAUAGAUUGAUUGAAAUGUGAAGUGAUUGUGUGGUGUAGUGCAAUAUGGAUUUAUUAAAGAGGAAUGGCGUAGAUCAUUUUCCAGGCAGGGAACUGAGGCUCAGUGUGAAUAAUCUCAACGUUUGGACUCCAGAGGAAAAGUCAUGGCUCCGACGGGUCACCAAACCCAGGACCAUGAUCCUAAAAGAUGUUACAGUGUGUAUAGACCAAGGAGAAUUCAUCGCCAUACUUGGACCGAGUGGAGCUGGCAAGACGACAUUCCUCACAGCAGCAGCUGGUAAAUGCCGGCUACCGUCCACAGGGUCCGUGGCAGUCAAUGGCACGAGUGUCACAGCACUGAACGGUAUAGCAGAAAUUGUACCGCAGUUUGACGUAUUCAUGGAUGGACUUACCGUUGCUGAACAUUUGAUUUUCAUGAUAGAGAUGAAGCUAGGCAGCUACAAGACGCCCAGUAACAUAUUGCUCCUGAACACUUUACUCAGAGAACUGAAGCUGAAACCUCACGUGAAGACCAAGAUCUCCUACCUUUCUGGUGGACAGAGGCGGUUACUUUCACUCGCUGGGACACUCCUCUCCAACCCUAGAAUUAUAAUCUGUGACGAACCAACCACAGGUCUGGACAGCUACAGCGCUUAUCUCGUGAUCAGCAUACUGAGGCAACUGACAGAGUCUGGCAGGAUCGUCAUAUGCUCCGUUCAUCAGCCUUCGUCAGAUCUGUUCAGCCAGUUCAACAACAUUAUGUUGAUGGCUGAGGGAAGGUUGUUGUUUCAUGGGACGCAGGAGGAGUGUAGAAAAAUGUUCGAAAGCAUAGACCUACACUGCCCGAACAACUACAACCCAGCUGAGUUCUACAUCAGAGCGGUAUCAUCCCAGGUGGAAACGAACUACGUGGGCAGAAUCCUGGCCAAAUACCAGGACCACUUCCGGCGGUGCGAUGAGACUGUUGAGACCAAAGCUACAUAUAGUGUAUUCCAAAGAAAUUGGUUCGUGCAAGUAUACUUACUGAUUUGGAGAUCUUCUCUAUCACUCAGAAGGACGAUUGGAAGUCACCUAUUGCAAUUACUUCUAAACAUAGGAAUAUCAGCAAUGAUCAUAUCCACAUGCUACAUCGGUAUAACUGGCACAACACAACGAGGGGUUCAGGACCUUCGGGGCUUCCUGUGGCUGCUGAGUAGCGAAGUGUGUUACUCGCUGUCCUAUACUGCGCUAUAUGUGUUCCAUGAAGACCUGACGCUGUUCAGAAGGGAAGUUGGUGUUUAUAAAGGCUCGGCGUUCUUCGCGUCAAGAUUGCUUGGCUUUAUUCCACGCUGCGUCGUGUAUCCAGUAGCAUUCAUGACCAUUGCGUCUGUGACUGUGGAGCUGCCCAACAGGAUUUUGACCUCGCUGGAGUUAGUCCUGUCUCUCAUUUGUGGAGGCAUCGCUGCUGCAGCUUACGGUCUCGGCAUGGGUGCCCUAUUCUCUUCAAGCGGCGUCAUGGGUGCCGUCAUGCCAUGCGUAGACCUGCCCCUAUCACUGAUGUCAGGAGCUUUCCUGCGCAUAGCCAGCUUGCCUGCCUGGCUGUUCCCCGUCAAAUAUGUCUCACACUUUUACUAUACUAUGGAGUCUGUUAGCAGCAUCUAUUGGACGCAGAUUGGUCAUAUUGAUUGCCCAUCAAACAUGACCUCCUCGUGUGUGAACGAUGGCGUCUCAGUUUUAAUAGAAGCAGGGUAUUCCGCGUCGUACUUUUUACAGGACGGCAUGGGGCUACUCGCCUUGACAAUCGGCUGGAGUAUCAUAGGAUAUUAUGGACUGUGGAGAGAGGAGAAGAAAGGAUAUGCUUAUUGA